UCCUAAUUCCAGUCUUCACCGUAAUAAGUGUGAAUGUGAAUAAAUGAUAUCUGGACUCUUGUAAAGUCCAAAGUGCUUACUAUUUGUCGUAAGAAAUAUAAUAUAGGUAGUUAUUAUCACAGAUUUUAAAUACCCAAAAUGCCAAGUUCUAAUCUUUAUGCAAUAAACUGUGAUGGACGUGUAUUUUCACUUAGUACUUCUGGUAGCAUGUGGAAAGAGUUUAUGUAUCUAGGUCUUGAAUUUAAACAAUUAUCUGCUGUUCCACAUUUUAUGUGGGCUAUUGGUGGAGACCGACAAGUUUAUGUACAUGUACACGGUCUUGAUAUUCCAAUACGAAUUAAAGAAGAAACAUAUGAAAAUGAAAGAUGGCUACCGUUAGAAGGCUUUAGUGGUAGACUUUUACCAACUGAUAGGUAUCAUUUUUCCAAUCAAGAUGGAUCUGUUGAUCGCAGUCGUGAUAAAGUCAAGUUACCAUCAAUGGCUUGGCAGUGGGAAGGAGAUUGGCAAAUUGAAACUACCUUGGAUGGGCAACCACUAGAUCACGAUGGUUGGACAUAUGCUGUUGAUUUUCCUGCGACAUAUGGUGUAACAAAGCAAUGGAAAUCUUGUGUAAGAAGGAGAAAAUGGGUACGCUACAGAAGAUAUAGUGCCAUGAACUCUUGGUGUGCUAUUGCACCUCUUCACAAAGAUGCUACCAAAGAACCUUUCAUUGAUGUUUCUAUUGGAGGCAAUCAAAUACCUGGUGGAAAUCCUGGUGACCUAACAGUAUGGGCUGUUACUGCACAUGGAAGAGUCAUGUUUAGAGUAGGGGUCAGUACAACAUCUCCAGAGGGAUUGAGAUGGAGUGCAAUCAAAAUGAACCCAGGUGACGAAUCCUUACAAAUAAGUGUAGGAGUUACUGGUUUAGUUUGGGUAACUUUAUUAAAUGGAAAAGCUUUAGUAAGAACAGGCGUUUCUAGAGAAAAUCCAAUGGGUGAUGAAUGGGCAGUAGUAGAACCACCUCAACCACAUUUACGUUUAACACAAGUAAGUGUUGGACUUGAUGCAGUAUGGGCAAUAACUCAUGAAGGAAGUGUUUGGUUUAGAAAAGGAAUUAAGGGAGAAAUGAGUGGUAUAUGUGAACAAUUGGCUGUUGGAACAGGUUGGGUUGAAAUGUCUACAAAAAUGAUAUUAGUGUCUGUAGCUCCUAAUGAUCAGGUAUGGGCAAUAGGACAUGAAGAUAGAUGUCUUUAUUAUAGAAGCGGUAUUGCAAGAUCAGAAUUAACUGGUAAAAAAUGGAAAGCCAUUAAUGCACCUUUUCAAUUAAGUAGAGCUAAUAGUAGUGCCAGCAUGUCAUCUAACAGUAAAUACAGUCUCUGUGGAACUCCUAAUCAAAAAAGUCAAACAUUUGGUUCCUUGCAAAAUCAGAAAACUCUUUGCUCAAAUGAGAAUGUAAUUAAAGAAUGGGAAGAACAAUCAAGAUCUGCUCCUGGACCAGUAUCCUUGAAAAAUUUUGAAAAUCAUGAAUUGCCUGAAAAUACAAUACAACAGUCUAUUAAGAAAAAAAUGUAUUACAGUCAAAGCACCAACUCUACAGGAUCUCAAGAAUCAAAUGAAAUUGACUGCAAUAGUGUGGCUAACAUUACCAUAUCAAAUGAAACAUUAAAUAAAAGUGGAGAGUCAAUAGUUGUUACAGGAAAGGGCAUGGGUAGCACAGUCAAAAUUAAUCCAGGCUCAUGGAGUCCUGUUCACUCAGUUGGUUCAAUGGUUGGAGCUGAGGCUCAUCCAGAAACUGAUGGUUCUAUAUUUGAUCCAGAUUUAACUGGUGAUUCAAGUGUUUUUGGAGAAGAUGAAAGUGCAGCUGCUAUUUAUUGGGCUGAAUAUGAAAUGACAUGGGUCAAAGUUGAAGCUGGUGCUUGUUUAGUGGACCUUAACAAUCCUCCCAAAUGGCUUGCUGAAACUAAUGGUUCAAAUCAAGUGGAAAUUAUAGAAGAAUGGAGAAUAAACAUUUUAAAUGAACUGAAAAACAGAUUGAAAGGAAUUGAUUUUGAUGUUGACUUGUGCGAAAAAGCAAUUGAAAAAUCUUCAUGGGUGAAAAAUGGCGAAGCUAAGUGUAAAUUGAAAGGUACAUCUUUGUUUGAAGAUUGUAUUGUUGAAUUAGAAUGGAUAAGCAGUGAUGCUGGCACGCUGGAUUUUGGAACUUUAACAAUUUUAAAUACAGAUGGGGCAACAACAAUGGUUCAGUUUUCUAUAUCAGAAGUUGUAUGCAUUGUUUGCUGCAGUGAACCAGGGUUUCCAAGAUUAGCUAUUUAUACACCUCGUCUAAAUAAUUGUAAAACAUUACGAUUACAAUUCAGCAGUGAUACUGAAUUAGAAGAUUGGAUGGCUCAUUUGACAUCUGUUUCUUGUAAAAUAAAUAAUGCUUAUGGAAGACCAAGCUCAAAGGCUAUUUGGGCUACAACUGCUUUAGGAGACGUUUAUGUACAUGAUCCCGUCUUAACAGAGGAAAAUCAAUAUGCAAAUGGUUUAUACAUUCAAGAAUUAAAUACCGCCAAUAAAGCACUACCUUUCGAAAGUAUUUUACAAAACGGAUUUAGUCCAGGUUGUUCUCUACACGUUACUGUAUGCAUUCAUGACGAUGCAGAUAGAAUAUCUUUAAAUCUUGUUUGUCAUUCUACAACUGUAAACAAAUACAAGCAAAUUGUGGAUACAAAUGAUGUAGCCCUUCAUUUCAAUCCAAGACUUAGUGAAAACAUUAUUGUUAGAAAUACGUACCAAAAUAAUAAUUGGGGAGAUGAAGAAAGAAAUGGUGACAGUCCAAUAAAAGCUGGAUCCAAUUUUUCAUUGGUUUUAAAUUGCGAAGAAAGAGGAUAUAGAAUUUUUAUUAAUGAUACAGAAUUUACCUAUUAUAAUCAUAGAAUUAAUCCGAAAAAUGUAACACAUUUACGUAUAAAAGGCAAAAUGACUCUUUGCAGUGUGCUUUAUAAAUCACCAUCUGUAAUUAUCGAACCUAUGUCUAUGUUUUGGAGACAAAUUGGAGGCCACUUGAAAAAAGUUGAAACUUGUAAUGCAAAUGUAACUUGGGGUAUUGGCUAUGAUAACACUGCUUGGGUCUAUACAGGGGGAUGGGGAGGUACUUCCUUAAAAGGAUUAGACUUUGGCAGUUCAGGUGUUAAUACUAUGAUCGAUACCCACAAUUAUUUUGUAUAUGAAAAUCAGCGUUGGAAUCCAAUUACUGGUUUUACAUCUCAUGGCUUGCCAACGGAUAGGUACAUGUGGAGUGAUGCAUCGGGACGACAAAAACGUACGAGAGAGAAUACAAAACUGCUUUCGUGUCAUUGGCAAUGGGUAUCAGAAUGGAUACUCGAUUUUCAUGCUCCAGGAGGGGUCGAUCGAGAUGGCUGGCAGUAUGCGACCGAUUUCCCAUCUCAAUAUCACGGUAAAAAGCAAUUCACCGACUACGUGCGAAGGCGUAGGUGGUUUCGUAGAUGCCAACUGACAACUAGUGGUCCUUGGAAAGAAUUGGGUAACACAAAGCUAGUUGACGUAUCUUUAUACAAUCAAAACAACGCUGAUUCCGAAUGUCCCAUUCACGUGUGGGCUGUAGCUCCUAACGGCGAGGCAUUGUUUCGCAGAGGCGUUUCGGAAUCGUGUCCAAUGGGUGUUACAUGGGAGCAUAUACCUAGCGAUCAACCAUUAGUUAGUAUUUCUAUUGGCCCUAACCAUCAGGUUUGGGCUAUUGGAAAAAAUGGAUCUUCUUAUUGGAGAUUCGGUAUUUCGGAGAGCAAGCCAACAGGUGAAUCUUGGCAAAAUGUCGAACCCCCUUCUGGAUCGCAUUUAAAACAAAUUGCCGUCAAUGAAAAUGCCGUAUGGGUUUUAGAUGACUCGGGAAAAUUAUCAGUUCGGCGAGAAAUACAGCCAACGGUAUUUCCAGAGGGUACCCAUUGGCAAACUCUACCAGCAAUGACUAAUGAUCCCAUUCACAUUGGUGAUAUUUCAGAAUUUUCAAUACCUUCGACCAUACGUAAUUUUCCUUCAGAGCUGUUACGUAAUGUAUCGGUUUUAAAUACUAAACAAGGAUUUCGGCACAUAUCCGUUGGACUUAUGUCUAAUCAAGUGUGGGCUGUAUCUGGAGCCGGUAUAGUUUGUCGAAGAAUUGGUAUUACUGACUCAAAUCCAGCUGGUUCUGGUUGGGCUACCGGCAUUGGGGCCAAUUGGCAACAAAUUAGUGUUGGAGGUCUCGUGAAUGAUCCACGAUGAAAAUUCGGUAACAAGACUUAUGAAAAGAUGUGAUGUUUUCUACUAUUACUGUGCGUGUCGUUGAAUAGAAAUUCAUCGAGCUACUUUUUCGAUUUUUUCCAAGUUUAUUGAUUUAUAAGUAUAUACUUGCAAGGUAAAAUAUUAAUCAUGUAUAAUACAUUUAAUUAGAAUCUCUUAUAGUCUAGUCAGAACUAAUUUUAUAUUACCAAUUAUGUGUAAAACAUAUAAUUCAAAAACUAAUAAGCAGCUUUUGUCGCUGACCUAAUGGUCGAGAAAAAUGAUAAAAAAAUUUACUUGAA